GCGAAGUUCGAAGGAUUCUUUCCGUAGUAGAUAGGCCACAGGUGGUUUCAAUCCUCCCCAAGAACGACCCCAAUUCCAAAAAUUCUACAUUCUCAAUCUCUUUGGCUUUGUGUUGCUCGUAAUCGAUCAAAAAAAUCUCCUCUUUCCAUCGAUCAAUGUCUUCGCUUCAGAUCAGCAGUGGCUCGGUUAGGUUCGAGCCGGUCGUCGGAUUUAACCGGACCGGCCAUUUCCGUCCGAUCGGUAGUCUCGGUUUCCCUCGUUUUCGCCGGAGGUUCAGUAUCGCACGACCAUUGCUUCUCCGCCGUUCUUCCUUCUCCGGAGACAAAAUCAGUGGCUCUGGAGAGUCUGAAAGUGAUGACAAAGGUUUCAUUACAGACGCAGAGAGAGAUGGCUCUGGCUCCGUUCUUGGCUUUCAGCUCACUCCUCCUCCUGGUGAAGAAAACUUCAACACUAGCACAGAAGAAGCUACGCAUCAAGAAGACAAGAAAGAAGCUAUUGAUGAAACAAAGAUGGCUGAUUUUGGUGUUCCUGGAAAUAGAGCUGUUGAAGAAAGAGGAGCUGCGGAAAUUUCGAUUAAUAAAGCCGAAGUGGUUAACAACAUCGUGUUUGUUACAUCCGAGGCGGCUCCUUACUCGAAAACAGGAGGACUAGGAGAUGUUUGUGGUUCUUUGCCAAUAGCUUUGGCUGGACGUGGCCACCGUGUAAUGGUUGUCUCUCCUCGGUACCAAAAUGGAACCCCUGCAGACAAUAACUAUGCUCGUGCUAAGGAUUUGGGCGUCCGUGUCACCGUUCAUUGCUUUGGAGCUUCUCAAGAAGUCUCCUUCUACCACGAAUAUAGAGAUGGUGUUGAUUGGGUUUUUGUUGAUCACCAAUCUUACCAUAGACCUGGUAAUCCCUACGGAGAUAGUAAAGGAGCAUUUGGUGAUAAUCAGUUUCGGUUCACGCUACUUUGCCACGCAGCGUGUGAAGCACCUCUCGUGCUGCCUCUUGGUGGCUUCACUUACGGAGAGAAAUCUCUUUUUCUUGUCAAUGACUGGCAUGCCGGACUUGUUCCCAUACUAUUGGCUGCAAAGUAUCGCCCAUACGGAGUUUAUAAGGAUGCAAGAAGCAUUCUCAUUAUACAUAACCUCGCUCAUCAGGGUGUGGAGCCAGCAGCUACUUACAGCAACUUGGGAUUGCCUUCGGAAUGGUAUGGAGCGGUUGGGUGGGUGUUUCCAACAUGGGCAAGAACUCAUGCUCUUGACACUGGUGAAGCGGUUAAUGUUCUCAAGGGUGCUAUUGUGACCUCUGACCGUAUCAUUACUGUGAGCCAGGGCUAUGCAUGGGAAAUCACUACUGUUGAAGGUGGAUAUGGCCUGCAAGAUUUGCUUUCUAGUCGGAAGAGUGUUAUAAACGGGAUCACGAAUGGAAUCAAUGUUGAUGAGUGGGAUCCGUCCAAGGAUGAACACAUUCCUUUCCAUUACACUGUUGAUGAUUUCUCAGAGAAGGUCAAGUGCAAGAUGGCACUACAAAAGGAAUUGGGUCUCCCCAUUAGGCCUGAAUGUCCUAUGAUUGGGUUUAUAGGAAGACUUGAUUACCAGAAGGGCAUCGAUCUGAUCCAAACCGCUGGUCCUGAUCUCAUGGUGGAUGACAUUCAAUUCGUAAUGCUUGGUUCAGGUGACCCAAAAUAUGAAAGCUGGAUGAGGAGUAUGGAGGAAACAUAUAGAGACAAAUUCCGCGGUUGGGUUGGCUUCAAUGUUCCCAUCUCUCAUCGCAUCACUGCCGGCUGUGACAUUCUUCUGAUGCCAUCAAGAUUCGAACCCUGCGGAUUAAAUCAGUUAUACGCAAUGAGAUAUGGGACCAUUCCAGUCGUUCAUGGCACCGGAGGACUUAGAGAUACGGUUGAGAAUUUCAACCCUUAUGCAGAUGGUGGAGCUGGUGCUGGUACAGGAUGGGUUUUCUCUCCCUUGUCGAAAGAUAGUAUGGUGUCGGCCUUGAGGUUGGCUGCAGCAACGUACAGAGAGUAUAAACAGUCAUGGGAAGGAUUGAUGAGAAGAGGAAUGAGCCGAAACUAUUCUUGGCAAAACGCUGCCGUUCAGUAUGAGCAAGUUUUCCAAUGGGUUUUCAUGGAUCCUCCCUACGUCAAGUAGAUUACCGGUUUUAUCCGAACCGAACCGAACCGAGUUGGACAGGAUCAGACCAGACUAAUCAGAGGAAGAAAAAAAUGGCUCGUGAGGAAAUUCUUCACCCGGUUAUCGAAAAUCCAUGGUUUUCAACGUUAUCCACAAUAAACCGUGUAUUUAUGUUCUAUUAUGUAUCUUUAUAAGUCUAUGAUUUUUGUUUUUGGGGAGGUAUAGAAUUUUUGUUUAUGAGGCUAUAAUUGUUUCUUUUGUUGGUCAUGGGAUCUACCUUUCCCAUUUUCAUUCUCUGAAUUUGAUAUCUAUUAUUAGGGAAAACCGAUCACCAAUGUUAAAGUAUGAUAAA